UGCAGCAGCCUAAUAAGAAGCAGACAACAUUUUGGGAGGGAGGCACGGGGGUGACAUCAAUCUGGGUCUGUUGUCUGUGCCCAUUUGGAGUCCUGUACUGUGCAGAUUGGACUGAGACGUGUUUGCAGCCUCACAACAAACCUCUACUCCAUAUACCAGUCAGGAUUUGGUUGGUGUUUGCGAAUCACAUGCGGAUGCUUGCAAGUCUCCACUGGGACAGAGAGAAUGACAUCCCCGAGCAGAAGAGUGACAGGGUGGACGCUCCUGGUUGUGGUGGUGGCUGCGUGCUGGCUUCUAGCAGCAGGACGGAGAGUGAAGCAGCCCCGGUGCCCCUCUGGAUGUACCUGCACCAAAGAUAACGCCCUGUGUGAGAAUGUCCGAUCUGUGCCUCACACUUUCCCCUCAGAUGUCCUCUCACUGUCUUUUGUAAAAUCUGGAUUCAAUGAAAUCACAGGAGGAAGCUUUGUGCACACACCUACCCUGCAACUACUAUUGUUCACGGCUAAUUCCUUUGACCUGAUUGACGAGGAUGCUUUCAUGGGUCUGCCACAUCUUGAAUAUCUAUUUAUUGAGAAUAACAAGAUUGCAUCAAUCUCCCCGUAUGCAUUCCGGGGCCUCAAGACAUUGAUUCAUUUGAGUCUGGCUUACAACAACCUUGAGACGCUGCCUAAAGAUGUGUUCAAGGGUAUGGAUGCUUUGACUAAAGUGGAUCUGCGAGGCAACAGCCUGAUAUGCGACUGCAAACUCAAGUGGCUGGUGGAGUGGAUGCACCACACCAACGCCACAUUGGACCAGAUCUACUGCAGCAGGCCACCCAUUCAUCAGGGCAAGAAGAUCAACGACCUGCUGCCGCACUCCUUCGACUGCAUCUCGUCAGAGUUCGCCUCCUAUCAGUCGCUGAAGUUUGAGUCCCUUUCCGUGGAGUCGUUCACCUUUGGAAAAGACCAGUUUGUUGUGUUUGCGCAACCGUUUGCCGGGACGUGCAGCUUCAUGGAAUGGGAUCAUGUGGAGAUGACCUUCAGGAGCUUUGACACCAUUGAAAGCACUUCCACUGUGGUCUGCAAGCCCAUGGUGAUCGACCACCAUCUUUUCGUCAUCGUGGCGCAGCUUUUCGGCGGCUCCCACAUUUACAAGCGUGACAUCUCCGCCAACAAGUUCAUCAAGAUCCAGGACAUCGACAUCCUGAAAAUCCGCAAACCCAACGACAUUGAAAUCUUCAUGAUUGACGGGGAGUCGUUCUUCGUCAUUGCGGACAGCUCCAAGGCCGGCUCCACAACCGUGUACAAAUGGAAUGGCAAUGGAUUCUACUCCCAUCAGUCACUCCAUCCAUGGUACCGAGACACAGAUGUGGAAUACCUGGAGAUUUCCAACAAACCCCACUUGAUAUUGUCCAGCAGCUCCCAGAGACCUGUGGUUUAUCAGUGGAACAGGGGCCUGAAGCAGUUUGACCGCAGGACUGAUCUACCUGAGAUGGAGGACGUGUUCUCCGUCAAACACUUCCGGGUUAAAGGAGAUCUGUUUAUAUGCUUGACAAGAUUCAUCGGGGACUCCAAGGUGAUGCGUUGGGACGGCGCCAUGUUCAAGGAGGUCCAAACGUUCCCCUCUCGCGGAUCUAUGGUCUUCCAGCCCGUCUCCAUUGGCAACUGGCAGUACGCCAUACUGGGCAGCGAUUACUCUCUGACUCAGGUAUACCAGUGGGACGCCAAGAGGGGCCACUUUGUGCCAUCGCAGGAGCUGAGCAUCCAGGCGCCAAGGGGAUUUUCUCUAGUGUCAGUGGACGGUCGAGAGUUCCUGAUUGCGUCCAGCUUUAAGGGGAAGUCGCAGAUAUACGAGCACCUCAUGAUCGAUCUCAGCAAUUAAAUCCACACAAGAGGUCGUGCAAUUCUGAAUUCGACCGCCAUUUCCAGGAAAUAUAUUACUCUAAAGUCAGAGUUUGGACCACAGACACCUCAGCACAAUCUUUGCAUAUGUUUUGCUUUUUCUUUAGCUUUUUUGGUGACACUGCCAAAAAAACACCAACAGAACACCAAAAGAAUAUUCACAGGAAGUAAGCGGACUCACAUUGAAAGCAUCAUCAUCGCUCGUUAUCAAAAGUUACAGCUAACCCCUUUUUACACUUGCGUGACAAGAGUGUUCAAAUGUGAGAUGACGUGUUCUUGUUUUAUGUCUCGAUAUUAACAGGAGUUAGCUUAUUUUUACACUUGUGUGAUAGCUCAGAAUGCUAGAAUGUUAGAAUUUCACCCUGGAAUGGAUUCUUCCUAAUGUCUUCCAAUUAAUAGGGAAGAAUUGUUUCCAAUACUCAAGUUCAGUGUUUGUGGUUACGUAACUGAAAUUAGAAAUAAUUUAGCAUCAGAAUAAGGGUGGUCCAUCGUGAACAUCAUAUUCAUUGUGUCCCAUCAAUGUGUUCACUUUAAGAACAUGGAAUGAAGAGACACUUUUAACUGUCCUCUAUCUACUCUAUGGUUAUGCAAGACUCCAUGCAUGAUGCAGACGCUCACAGUGUUGCUCUUUGGAUGAAUGACUCGCUAGAAGCAUCCCACUAUAUCGGUAUCCCACCUCGCUCUCUUUUCACUUGCUCUUUUUUCGCCCUGAUGGACAAAAAGCAUUGUUGUUUUUACACUGUGCUGCACCUGUACCUGUGCGUUCACCUUUUUCAACUAACAAACUUACUGACAACAACUUGCCAAAUACAGUAUAAUAUUUCCUCUUAUUUUUUACAAUACUGUAUAAAGUAAUUUAUAUGAUACAGCUUUUGUAGAUAGUUUUAUUUUGGAUAAGCUAGAUGUUAGAAUAGUAAAGCCUCAUUGUUAAAUUUGUGCAGUUUCCCGUUGAAUGUUUGAGAAGAAUUGUGAAAAUUGUAAUUGAAAAAUUCAGACUUCUGCAGUUGCUGUUAUUGAU